AUGGCGUUGCAGGGUCAGGGUGCAGACCUGAGUGAGCGCAUCUUCGCGGACCUUCGCUCCAAAAACCUCGAGACAAAGUCCAGAGCGGCUAACGACCUACGUGACCUUGUCGUACUUUAUUCACGCGAAUGGGCACCGGAGCGCUUCAGCGCCUUCUACGACCGCAUCACCUCCCGCAUCUCAGGACUCAUCGUACAAGCCCCGGAAGGCACUGACAAGGUCGGAGGCAUAUUUGCUCUUGACAGACUAAUCGACUGCGAGGCCAUCGACGCUGCGUCCAAAGUAUCAAAGUAUUCGAAUUAUUUGCGCGCUGCGUUGAAGAGCAAUGACCCCGCAGUCCUCGAUGCGGCGAGCCGCGCACUCGGUCACCUGGCGCGACCGGGAGGGGCGUUCACAGCGGAACUUGUCGAGGCUGAAAUGACUUCCGCCUUUGAAUGGCUGCAGCCAGACACCAAGCAAGAAUCCCGCAAGCUCGCUGCUGUUCUCCUCAUUCGCGAACUGGCAAAGAAUUCUCCAACACUCGUAUAUGGAUUCAUUCCCCAGAUAUUCGAAUUGAUCUGGCAUGCGCUUCGAGACCCCCGAGACAUCAUUCGAGAAAUCGCCGCUGAGGCCGUCAGUGCCUGCUUUGGGGUCAUGAUCGCUCGCGACCAACAGUUUCAGGCGCAAUGGUUCUCAAAGAUCUACACCAAAGCCCUCGACGGCUUACGCUCGCAAAAUGUCGACGAAAUGCUAGGAGCGCUUCUCAUCUUGAAGCAGCUCUUGGAGCAGGGCAACAUGUUUAUGCAUGACUUCUACCGAAACGUCUGCGAACUCAUCAUUCGAUUGAAAGAUCACAAGGAUCCACGCAUUCGUUCUCAGAUUGUUCAGACUAUCCCCAUCCUCGCCAAAUACGCCCCGAUUGAAUUCAUCAAUCAGUAUCUGCACAAAUUCAUGAUCUACCUUCAAACACAACUUAAGAAGAGUCUGGAGAGAAAUCAAGCGUUCCUGGCAAUCGGACUAAUUGCACAAGCUGUUGGGAGUGCGAUCGCAACUUAUCUCGAUGGCAUCAUCCUCUACAUCCGCGAAUCUCUCAGCGCAAAGACUAAGAAUCGAGCGGCUGUUGAUGAUGGUCCGAUGUUCAAGUGUAUCAGUAUGCUCGCUCAGGCUGUUGGUCAGACUCUCAGCAAAUACAUGGAGGCGCUCUUGGAUCCGAUCUUUGCUUGUGGCCUGACGCCUCCUCUAGAGGAGGCCUUACGGGAGAUGGCCCACCAUAUCCCACCCAUUCGCAGUACCAUCCAGGAUAAACUGCUCGAUCUUCUCAGCUUGAUUCUGCUAAAGACCCCAUAUCGACCCCUUGGCUGCCCACCAACACGGAUCCCACCACUACCUUCAUUCGCCAAGGAUUAUGGCGGUCUUCCCGCUGAAUAUCGGGAUUCAGAGCUCCGCCUAGCUCUUGUCACUCUGGGUCAUUUCGACUUCUCGGGCCACAUCCUCAACGAAUUUGUUCGAGAUGUGACGCUUCGUUAUGCGACCCAUGACAAUCCAGAGAUCCGGCUGGCCGCUGCGAUCACCUGUUCUCAGCUUUUCAUUCGCGAUCCGAUUCUCAACCAGAAGGGGAACAAUGCCAUCUUAGUGGUCGGUGAAGUCGUUGACAAGUUACUCACCAUGGCUGUCGGUGACUCUGAUGCCAACAUCAGAACCCAAGUCUUGCAUGCCCUGGGUGAGCGCUUUGACAAACACCUUGCUAGACCUGACAACAUCCGUUGUCUAUUUCUUGCCGUCAAUGAUGAGGUCUUUUCGGUCCGCGAGGAAUCUGUCGGCAUCAUUGGCCGUCUGACCACAGUCAACCCGGCAUACGUCUUCCCUCCUUUACGCAAGCUACUCGUCAAUCUCUUGACCGGGCUCGGUUACUCCAACACCGCCAAGCAGAAGGAAGACAGUGCCAAGCUGAUCAGCUUGUUCGUCAAUAACGCCACUCCUCUAGUGCGAACUUAUGUUGAGCCCAUGGUGUCCGCGCUUCUACCCAAGGCAGGAGAUACCAAUCCCGGUGUAGCUUCUACUACGCUCACGGCUCUAGGCGACCUUACCAAGGUUGGCGGUCCGGAGAUGAAGACGCAUAUACCCCAACUCAUGCCCAUAAUCCUUCAGGCCUUACAGGAUCUAGGCUCUCACGACAAGCGCGAUGCCGCUAUGCAGACGCUCAGCAAGCUUGCGGUCAACUCUGGCUAUGUCAUUGAGCCAUAUAGACAGUACCCCGAGCUGCUGGGUAUCUUGAUCAACAUCAUCAAGACAGAAGCUCACGAGAAGCUCCGUACAGAUGCCAUCAAACUGGUUGGCGUACUGGGUGCCCUUGACCCAUACGAGUACCAGCAGUUGACGGAAUCGGCUGCUGAGAACCAAAGCAAGACCGAGGUCCAGCCUGUCUCAGAUGUGGCCCUGAUCAUGCAGGGUUUGACACCUUCUAGCGAGGACUACUAUCCCACUGUGGUUAUCAACACUCUCAUGCAGAACAUCCUCGCCGACUCCACCCUUGUGCAAUAUCAUAGCGCGGUCAUUGAUGCGAUAGUGACGAUUUUCAAGACCAUCGGGAUGAAGUGUGUGCCAUAUCUCGGACAGAUCAUCCCUGGCUUCUUGACGGUUAUUCGCAGUUCCCAUGUUACUCGCCUGGACAAUUACUUUAACCAACUUGCGAUUCUUGUCAAUAUUGUGCGCCAGCAUAUUCGAGUCUUCCUUCCGGACAUCAUUCCGGUAAUGCGGGAGUUUUGGAAUAUCAACAGACAGGUGCAAUCAACCAUACUCAUGCUCAUCGAGGCGAUCUCCAAAUCACUCGAAGGCGAGUUCAAGAGGUAUCUCGCAGGCCUUCUACCCUUGAUGCUAGGAGUGAUCGAGAACGAUACCGAGCCCCGUCGAGAAUCAUCGAUCCGCAUGCUACAGACCUUCCUAGUAUUCGGCGCCAGUGGGGAAGAAUACAUGCACAUGAUCAUCCCUGCAAUCGUGGGCAUGUUCGAGAAUACGGCUGCUCCGGCUAAUGCCAGACGACAAGCUAUAGAUACUCUCGCUAAAUUGUCGCGGGUUGUCAAUCUAACCGACUUCGCUUCACUGAUGCUGCAUCCCCUGGCUAAGAUCUUGGGCUCCUCCGAAAAGGUUACUACCAACUCUUCGGAGCGCUCGCUGAAAGCUGCUGCAUUGGAUUGCGUCUGCGCUCUAAUUUAUCAUCUUGGCCAUGACUUUGUACACUACCUUCCGCUUAUCGAGCGAGCCACAAAGAGUGGUCAAAUUAACUCUGAACGAUAUCAGAAGCUCAUCGACAACCUGAAGUCUGGCAAGCCCUUGCCUGUUGACCUGUAUCCUGACGAACAGUACGGCGGUGUGUCUGAAGACACCUCCUACAUGAACAUCACAUCAAUGCGCUUGCCGGUCAAUCAGCAGCAUCUGAAAAAUGCAUGGGAUACAUCGCAAAAAUCUACCAAGGAGGACUGGCAAGAGUGGAUGCGGCGGUUCAGCGUGGAGCUGCUCAAAGAGUCUCCAUCUCAUGCCCUGAGAGCUUGCGCUAGCCUUGCGGGCGUAUAUCAGCCCCUGGCGCGAGAUCUGUUCAACUCGGCCUUCGUGUCAUGCUGGACUGAAUUGUACGAUCAGUAUCAAGAAGAGCUAAUUCGUUCUAUCGAGAAGGCCCUGACUUCGACCAACAUCCCACCAGAUAUCCUGCAGACACUACUAAACCUGGCGGAAUUCAUGGAGCACGAUGACAAGUCGCUACCAAUCGACAUUCGGACCCUAGGCCGGUAUGCAGCGAAGUGCCACGCAUUUGCUAAAGCGCUACAUUACAAAGAGCUAGAAUUUGAGCAGGACCAGAACAGCCAAAGUGUUGAGGCUUUGAUCUCUAUCAACAACCAACUCCAACAGUCGGACGCUGCUAUUGGCAUUCUGCGUCGCGCCCAAGCUUUCGGCGAAGUAGAGCUGAAGGAAGUCUGGUUCGAGCGCUUGCAUCGAUGGGAAGAAGCUCUUGCUGCUUAUCAAAAGAAAGAAGCACUCGAGCCCGAAAACUUCAACCUUGUUAUGGGUAAGAUGCGCUGCUUGCACGCUCUUGGCGAAUGGAAGAUGCUGUCCGAUAUCGCACGCGAGCAGUGGAAUUACGCCAGUCAAGAACACCGUCGCGAUAUGUCUGCACUCGCGGCGGCUGCCGCAUGGGGUCGUGGUGAGUGGGACCGUAUGGAUGAUUACAUCAGUGUCAUGAAGGACAGCUCUCCUGAUCGAGCUUUCUUCGGCGCUAUUCUGUCGAUCCAGCGAAACAAUUUCGAUGAUGCUGAUAGGUUCAUCUUCCGAGCGCGCGAGGCCCUCAACUCCGAGCUAACCGCCACCAUCGGCGAGUCGUACAAUCGGGCUUACAGUGUUGUGGUUAGAACCCAAAUGCUGGCUGAGCUUGAAGAGAUCAUCUCCUACAAGCAAGAAGACAAUCCAGAAAAGAAGGAAUCGCUCAAGGAGCUCUGGAACCGGCGUCUUCUGGGCUGCCAAGCAAAUGUUGAGGUUUGGCAGCGCAUGCUGAAAGUCCGAGCUCUGGUCUUGCGGCCUGAAGAGAACCCGGAUAUCUGGAUCAAAUUUGCCAACCUGUGCCGGAAGUCAGAGCGUAUUGGCCUUGCCGAACGAUCGCUCAUCAGCCUCGGCGGUGUCACCGACAAUAACGACAUUGCGCCUCCUGCAGUCGCCUAUGCCCGUUUGAAGUUCAUUUGGGCUACUGGCAAUAAAUCUGAGGCUCUCGCGGCUCUGAAAGACUUUACUCAACGCAAGGCUGACCAAUAUCAGCAACGUCGGACUCGGUUGGCUCUACCCAAUAACCAACACAAUGGUUCGAAUGGGCUAGAAGGCGCGGCUCAUGAGAUUCUUGUACGCCAGCGCGAGGAGGAAAACGUCGAUCGCCUCGGCAUACUCCUGGCUAAAUGCUAUCGCCGACAAGGCCAGUGGCAAUCUUACGUGCUUCGGUCAGAUUGGACCAGCUCAGCAGCAAGAGACGCUGCCAAUGAGAUUCUAUACUCGUACGAGGAGGCGACGCGCUUUAACAAAGGUUGGUACAAGGCGUGGCAUGCAUACGCCCUUGCCAACUUUGAUGUGGUGACAAACAUGGCGUCGCAUAGCGACCCGGACCGUAAUCGCCAACUACCGGAGCAAGCUGUCCACAGCCACGUUGUGCCUGCAGUCAGAGGUUUCUUCCAGUCCAUCAAGCUGUCUAAGAACAGCUCACUUCAAGACACACUGAGAUUACUCACUCUUUGGUUCGCUCAUGGCGGCCAUGCUGAGGUUAAUCAGGCAAUCAUUGAGGGCUAUUCAGAGGUGCCAAUCAACGUCUGGCUUGAGGUUAUCCCGCAACUUAUUGCUCGAAUCAAUGUGCCAAAUAGCCGCAUCCGUGGUUCGGUCCACCGCUUGCUCGGCGAGGUUGGCAAAGCUCACCCUCAGGCUCUGGUCUAUCCAUUGACAGUUGCGAUGAAGUCUGCUGCGGCCCGUCGUGCCAACUAUGCCACGCAGAUCAUGGACAAUAUGCGUGUGCAUAGUCCCAUAUUGGUCGAGCAGGCCGACCUUGUCAGCCAUGAACUGAUCCGCGUUGCAGUGCUAUGGCAUGAGCUUUGGCACGAAGGUUUGGAGGAGGCUUCGCGACUGUACUUCGGUGAUCACGAUACAGAAGGCAUGUUUGCGACCCUGGAGCCGUUGCACGCCUUACUCGAUCGAGGCCCUGAGACUCUUCGAGAAAUCUCGUUCGCCCAAGCUUUCGGUCACGACCUGUCCGAGGCUCGAAGCUUCUGCAAUACCUACCGACGCAAUGGCGAGCUCGGAGACCUCAAUCAGGCCUGGGACUUGUACUAUUCCGUCUUCCGGAAGAUUGCUCGACAGUUGCCACAGCUAAUCAGUCUUGAUCUGAAAUAUGUCUCACCUCGACUGAAAGACGCGCACGAUCUAGAUCUUGCGGUGCCCGGUCUCUACCAAGCAGGCAAGCCAGUUACGAAGAUUGUCCACUUUGACCACGUCCUCACGGUGAUUCCAUCGAAACAGCGACCUCGCAAGAUGACUCUGAAGGGCUCCGAUGGCGUAACGUACGCCUUCCUCCUCAAAGGCCACGAGGAUAUCCGACAGGACGAGCGUGUCAUGCAACUCUUCGGUCUGGUCAAUACUCUCCUGAACUCAGAUACCGAGAGCUUCAAGCGACAUCUCAGCAUCCAACGCUUUCCCGCCAUUCCUCUGUCGCAGAGCUCCGGACUUAUUGGGUGGGUGCCGAACUCGGACACCUUGCACAAUCUUAUCAAAGAAUAUCGUGAAUCGCGUCGCAUCCUUCUCAACAUCGAGCACCGUAUUAUGCUGCAGAUGGCUCCAGACUACGAUAAUCUGACUCUGAUGCAAAAAGUCGAAGUCUUCGGAUACGCGAUGGACAACACCACCGGAAAAGACCUGUACCGCGUGCUAUGGCUGAAGUCUAAGAGCUCCGAGGCCUGGUUAGAGCGUCGGACCAACUAUACUCGCUCGUUGGCUGUUAUGAGCAUGGUCGGAUACAUCCUCGGUCUCGGUGACCGUCACCCUUCGAACUUGAUGCUUGAUCGAGUGACUGGCAAGAUUAUUCACAUUGAUUUUGGCGACUGUUUUGAAGUGGCGAUGCACCGCGAGAAAUAUCCCGAACGAGUUCCUUUCCGGCUGACGCGCAUGUUGACCUUUGCCAUGGAAGUCAGCAACAUUGAAGGAUCCUUCCGCAUCACGUGCGAGAACACGAUGCGCGUUAUUCGGGAGAAUAAAGAAUCACUUCUGGCUGUACUGGAAGCGUUCAUUCACGAUCCGCUCCUCAAUUGGCGUCUCAACACUCGCGAGUCGCCACCUCGGCCCCACUUCCGUUCGGAACGCCGUGCUAGCAUUGUCAACGUGCCGGGUGGUCGCGGCUUGGGUGAGGAGGAGCGCAGCCCGAUCGAGCAUGCACGUGAGAACCCGAUGGCGCAGAGUCAGGUUGGCGCGCCUCCCGGACGGCGCGCACGCCGCAGUUCCAUCAUUGAUCCAGCGAUCACAGGCGGUAGUCUCCUCAACCAAGCCAGUGAAGGCGGCAAUGCUCAAGAGCGUGAAGUACAGAACGCUCGGGCGCUGCAGGUCUUGGCGCGCAUCAAGGAUAAGCUGACGGGCAAGGACUUCACCCCUGGCAGCAACAGUGCAGCAGCAGCGACGGUUGGCGUCAAUGGCCACGGCCAGACGAACGGACAGGUGAAUGGAAAUGGACCCAUAACGGGAGAAAUGGCAUUACAGGAAGCCAGUGGUCUGGGGGUGAAUGAGCAAGUGGAGAAGCUCAUUGAGCAAGCGACCAAGGUGGAGAAUCUGUGUCAGCAUUACAUUGGAUGGUGCAGCUUUUGGUAA